UGCUCGACGUUCUGAAAACGUUCGUUUCUGGCCGGCGUGAAGUUUGUAGUAUUUCUUGGACAAUCCUUUCCAUCCUUGUCUAUAAAUAUUGUCUAUGAUCAUUUAAACCUACUCAGCUUAUUUAGGAGAUUCUACUCUAUAGUUCAAGAUGUCUAUUGGAGUUCCAAUCAAGAUUUUACACGAAGCCGAAGGUCACGUUAUAACGUUGGAAACGUUAAAUGGAGAAGUAUACAGAGGCAAACUUAUCGAAGCAGAAGAUAACAUGAACUGCCAAAUGUCUAACAUUACUGUUACAGCAAGAGAUGGAAGAGUCUCGUURCUCGAACAAGUAUUUAUUCGUGGAAGCAAAAUUCGAUUUCUUAUUUUACCGGACAUGUUGAAAAAUGCUCCAAUGUUCAAGAAAAUGACACAGAAGGGAUCAAGCGGUACUGGGGCAGCAGGCCGAGGGAAAUCAGCAAUUUUAAGAGCACAAGCUGCAGCAAGAGGUAGAGGMGGCACUGGACGAGGAGGUCCUCCUGGAAGAGGGGGRAAUGUGUUCCAACGACGAAAGUAGAAACUUUUGUAAAAACUUCACAUCUAGUUCCUCAACAAAGUCUAAAUAGAUUAGACUAAGAUAGUCGGACACUGUACAUAGAUCCAAAUUUGUUGUUUGUACUGAACUUGUAAGAUACUUUCAAGCAAUAUAUACUUCUUAAGUUUCAAAAACYAUUUUAAAUUCAUCAGAUGCGUUGUGUAACUUUGUGUAUUUGUGCAAUAUUGUAAAUACCAGAAAUGCUCCAUUUGGUACACUGUAGUCUCCUCUGCAGGCAUCCGCUUUUUCAGUUUUUAAUAUUUUGUAUUCUUUCUGAUCUAACACAGGCAGCCCAGUAUUAGAAAGUAGACAGAUGCCUGCUUAAGAGGCUAUAUUUGGCAAUAACKUUCAAUUUCACAUUGUGUACUAUGGUAAUGAUAGCAACAAAUCUUCUUUGAAAACAARGUGRAAAUUAAAUUUUUCUAGRAAGUUURUAAUGGAAUUUSUYUAGCUUGUUGGUKAGUUCAUAAAUUGAAGCUCAAGUAAACAAAAGCAUGACAACAUUGCAGUGGAAGGAAGCAUUAAAACAUGUAUGAUAUUGGU